AAAGAACAAUGUUAUCGACCCACGAGGAAAGGGUCGAGGAAGGAGCCCUUGCGGACGAUUCCGAGCGAGCAGACGUCUCCAGACAGAAUGCAAAGAAGCCGAUGAAAGGUGCAUUCCGCAAGUUCUGGCAAGGAAUGCUUACCCAGAAGUACCUUCAACACGAUAACCAACCAGCUCAAGUCCUGCCUGGCUUGUUCGUCGGCUCGGUCGGAGCAGGAGCUAACUUGGACGCGUUGUGUGCACUGAGCAUCACGCACAUCUUGGUUGCGUCGGAAACUGUCGCGUUUACGUUCGAGUCCCAUGGACGCUUCGAGUACUAUCGCGUGAGCAUCCGUGACGUCUCGUCAGCUCGAAUCAGCUACUUCUUUGAAGAGUCGAAUGCCUUCAUUACUGGUGGACUCAAAGAUGGUGGCAAGGUCUUGGUCCAUUGUUUUGCAGGCCAGUCAAGAUCCGUCACCCUCGUGAUGGCGUACCUCAUUGCAGGUCGACACAUGUCGUUUGAGGCAGCUCUCGAACUCGUCCGACAAGUCAGACCGCAGGCACGACCAAAUCAUGGGUAGCCAUUGCAACUUUUGGCAUCGAUGGAUCCAUCUUCUUGUCGUCAGGUUUGCAGUCCAACUCAAGGCCUAUGCGAGACAGCACGCUGCGGCAAUACCACACGAUUGUGUGUAAUCGAAACCCCAGACACCCACGAAUGCAUCAUGUUUGAUGGAGCCCCAUCUCAAAGGAAAACAUCGCUAAAUUUCCUCACGCCCUCACGGCGAUUCCAGCAUGACUGUUGCAAUUGCUCGGUUGACGGCGACCCGCAGUGUCAUCCAUCUCGCUCGUUGCAUACUUGCUGGCACGUGCGGGGACUUAUCUCGAGUCAGUUGUGGAGCGCCGCGUGACUGGGGCUUCUGGUGCAUUCUUUCC